AUGCUGAGCCCUACUUUUGUUCUGUGGGAUGUGGGUUGCUCGUUAUACACUUAUGGGUCUAUCUUCAUUAUUGCAUUAGUUAUUUGGCAUGUGAAAAGGAGCCGCCAAAGACUGAGGUUUGGACCGAACAAGAGUUGUUACAAGUGUCACCAGAGAAUCAAGCAAAAGUCUAGAGAUAGAACAUCAAGAGCUAGUAGGACGUCCAAGGAAGAAACAGAGAAACUGCAGAAGCUGCUCGCGACCAUGAAAAGCCAGGGCUGGCUUCCCCAGGAAGGAAGUGUCCGGAGGCUCCUGUGCUCAGAUCCCUCCUGCCCAGUCUGCAAUGCAAUGGCCCUGGAAAUCCAGCAGCUGCUCAGGGGUGGGAACAAACAGCCCUCUCAUGCUUCGCUGAGGCAGUCAAAGAGCUUCCCUAGCCUGCAGUCGUUGGCUCCAUCCAAGGCAGUGUUUGACAAGAGCUUGGAGUUCUGCUCCCAGCACUCCGGGACCGCUUCAUGGGCGUCCAGUUUCACACAGUCGCAAUCAACAGAUCAUAAGUCGUCUACUCAGUCAGCUGCCCCGUCAACUGGUGAUGCCAACUCCCAGCAUUACUGUCCUGGUCAUCAGCAAAAGCAGGAACCUCAAGGGUCAAACGUGUCCCAGGAUGCAGGCUCUCUGUCAUCGUCAAGCAUGGAAGAGCCUGGGAUUCCUGCAAGCCAGCAGAAGAGGAAGAAGAAAGACAAGAGACUCGUCUUGAAAAGCAAAGCACCCUCAGAAGCUGAAGGGGAAAACAAGAUGACGUUCUUCUCACACUGGGUCAACCCUGAGGUGAAAUGCGAAAGGCAGGAGGAACCCAUCGUCCCCUCUAAGUCUGAAGCAGAGGCCAAACCCAAGAAGGAAGAGCCUAAGAACUGUCAUGCUCCUCCCCAAGACCGUGCAGAGGGAGCUGGCAUGAAGAAGACCACAAGGGACCCAGAAGCCAAGCCUCUCUGUGCUAAGAACAACAUAGAUGGCUGGUCUGCUCGUGCUGAGGAGGUUCAGACCAUGCUAAGCUCUCCGUGCUUCCUGUGGGAUAGUGAAUACUCCUUAUAUGUCUGUUUCUGCAUCCUCAUCCUCAUCCUGAUUACCUGGCAAGUGCAACAGAGUUACUGCGGAUUGAAGUGCCAGCCCAAAAGGAGCUGCUGUCGGCGUCACCGAAAAGUCAAGCAAAGGGCUAGAGCUGCAGCAUGGAGAGCCAGGAGACUUUGCCAAGAAGAAACCGAGAAGCCAUGGGAGCUGCUCUCUGUCAUGAAAAGCCAAAGCUGGCUUCCCAAGGAGGAAGAUGUGAGGCAGCUCCUGUGUGUGGAUCCUGGCUGCCAAGUCUGUGAUGCUGCAACCCUAGAGAUCCAGCAUUUGCUGGGGAGUGAGAAAAGCCAGCCGCCCCCUGUGUUCCUGGGACUGCCACAGGGCUCUUCUUGCACGGAGCUGUUGCCCACAUCCACUGUGUCUUCGGAAGAGACUCUGGAGCCUUACACCGGGCGCUCCGACAGCUUCCCACUGCUGCCCAGGACUCCAACACUAAUGCGGCUGCCGGGACAGUCAGUGCAGCUGGCAGACGCAGGGGAAGUCCAGCAAUGCUGGGCUGAUCACCUCCAGGCAGGCCAGGACUUUUAUCUGGCAGACGCUGUGCCUGUGGUCUCAAAUACUAUGGCUCCGUCAAGGCUCGAGGAGCCUGUGGUUUUAAUGAUUGAGGAAGAGAUGAUGCACAGCGAUCUAAACUUUAUCCAGGAGAUCCAAGAUCAUGAUCCGGCCUUGAACUCACAGAUCCCUCUUCAAACCCUGAACCCAGAGAUUACUCAAGUCACACAACCUACGGCCUUAUCUAUUGUCACCACCAUCCCCCAGCCAUUCCACAGUCCUGGUGUGUUCAGGCUUCUUGAACUACAUGUGAAAAAAUUGAUGCAUUUCCAAAGAUGGGGGCUCCCCAGACGGGUAGAGGAGUCCCUAAGGCAACUUAUGCCAAACCCACCAAUGUAUUUCCAGCCAGAAAAUGAGCAACCGGGUUCUUUUAACCUGAAUAAUAAUACUCAUCAAGAACACGUUCAUAGGUUUGGGAGUAUUUCCCAGCAGACCUGGUCCUCAUAUAUGAGCAGGCAACCUACCCAGACCUUUUGGGUUUCUGAGUGGCCUAAUGUGGACCAAAACCAAAGACUGCACUCUGAACAAAUCUCAAGCCGUGUGGAAAAGCUCUCACCCAUGUCUGACCAUGAAGUUCUACGUACCCUCUGUCUACUGCCUGAGGGCCAGGCUAACGACCCCAGGCACAAUCUUCAAAAGAAAUUCACUCAGUUAUUCUGCGGUAGCCCUUCCAUGCACAGCGAGUCCUUAGUUUAUGCUUCCUUAGACACUCAAGGUCUCUCCAAGGACACAGUACAACCUUCCUACCAAGAGCCUCACGUCUUGAGGGAGCCCCCGUCCCUCCCCUCGCUGGCCCACACUCCACGUAACGCUGCCCUGCUCCCUUCAAGAUCUCCAAACGAGUCGUCUUCGCAUGAGCAGCAAGGGGCUCAGCUCGGGAUCCCAUUUCUAACUCUGGCUGAGAGCAAAACCUUGGAAUGGCACCUUCUACGAAGACAGCUUCAGCUUCAGUGGGGCCUGCCAGCGGCCAACCCCUUGUCUCCGUACGUGAGGAGCCCCGUACCGUAUAAGCCAUGCAAUAAAGCCAAACCGCAUAAGGCUUUAAAAGGCGCCUGGCCCCGAAAGUCCUUCUCAGUCCUCACCAGAGACCUUUUCUUCUUCCCUGAGCAUGCGCGCAGGCUGCUGGAGUUCCAUCUCCAGAAGCAGCUGAUUCACCUUCGCUGGGGACUGCCCCGGAAGAUCCAGCGCUCCAUCCACUUGGUCCUCUCCUCUACAGAGCAGCAGCCCCUGUCCUGCAGCAGCAGGGUGCUGCCCAGCGUGAGCAUCCCAGGGGACCCGAAGGCCGACGGGUCUGGUGACACAUUCUCACCCACAGUGGGCAGCAGGUCAAUCCCAGCGCCGCACUUGUUUGCCCAGGCCAGGGCAGUGCUGAAGCGCCAUGUUGAUUCCAAAUGUGACCAAAUCCUUGAGGGCAAGGCCCCUGCCUGUGUCCAAAGCUCCUGGCAAGGCAAACUUCCCGGGAGCUUGGCAGCAAGGACUUCAUUCCCAGACAUUGCACAAGGCCCGCCCGUGGAGCUACAGACAGAAAACAACCCUGACCUACAUCACAAACUUGUUCCCUGGAAGCCAACGGACCUUGACGAGGAGAAGCGAGCCUUAUCGGGCGCCCUCGUUGAACACUGUAAGCGUCCCCAAGCCUUGCCUGAGGAAACCAUUAAGAAACUGGAGACAACUCUACGGCAUAAGUAUCUGGCCUUCCUGUCAGGCCUGCCUGGCCGUUACUGUGUGGGCCCGUCUAGAACGGAGCCUUCAGCAACUGCUGGCCAAUCUGCAGUCACAGAGACGGUGCCCAGGCCUGUCAAAAGCCCAUGGGAACCCCUCUCUCAGAUGACCCCACUUGAAGACCCAAGUCCAAGUGAGCUUAAGCCCUGCACUCAAGGUGACAGUGACGUUGCCAAAGAGCUGCAGCCCGAAGUGCAGGUGGAAGGAGGGUCAGAGACCCAGCCUCCCCCGAAGGGCCCCUGCUCUUUAAACACAGUAAUCUUGGAAAGAAUGAGUUUCCACCUUAAAAAAAAACUCCUAGAGAUAAAGUUGGGAAUUCCUCUAAUGGUAAGUGAGUACAAAGAGCUAACUGCAGCGGCCCCAGAGGCCGGUGCCACACAGGAGCCUCGCCGGAGUCUAAGCAUCCCAGAAAGCCCGGUGCUGCAACAACAGCCCAUCGCAUGUGACUCUCCUCCAGCCCCACAGGCAAACAGUGUCCACCUUAAAAGACAGCAGGCUGCUGCAGCGCAGGCUGCAUACAAGGAGCCAAAACAACCCAGUCCCCAAGCCGCACCCCAUGGUUCUGCCCAGGGUGCCUCCAAGGCCUCACAAUUCAGCAGGAAUAUGAUUGAGGUCCAAGUACACUGUGUUCAGAUGGAGACCACUGGGGAAAAGCCCAGCCCAAAGGACCCCUUUAGCACUGAGCUCCAAAGCCCUGGCAAGAGCCUGUACUCAGCCCUUGUGCCCACAUGGACAGAAAAGAGGGAAGAGCCAAGGAAACCCAAGGCAGUGGGGAACCUUGGAGAAGGAGACGCAGGUCUUGGGCUUUUCCCAGCCAGUGAGAAAACACACCAGGAUGGAGAUCGGAAAAAGCACAGGAUGACCCAAGCCUCUGUACACCACGGCCACAGCUCUCAUCUGAUGGACACCUACCGUCCCAGCCCCUGGGGCUCCCCUGAGCUUGGGUUCCCAGAUCCACCUCCAGAAGUUCUUAUGGAGGCCGAAUCUGCGCAUGGCAUGCAAGUCGGUCAAAGCAAGGCGAGUGUCACCCAGGAACCUUCCAGGAUGGUGCUCAGGCUCUCCCAGGCCUCCCACGACCUUCCUUUGCCUCGCCCACCAGUUCAGGGAAAGCCUUUUCUGGGCCAGACUUGGCAAGGUCACAGCUCACCAGGGCAGGUGAUGCCAGUGUCUCCUCACAUUAGGCCCAGCCUUCUUCCAGAGGCUGGCUUGAAAAACAAGGUGAAAUCUUUUCUCCAGUCUAUCAACCCCAUGAUAAAAGGCAAACCACACACACAGUCACCCACAGCCUGCACACCCAGGAAAGUGGCCAAACCCAGUAAAGGAAAUGCUAAAAAGGGUCUGCCUCAGGCCAAAAGCCCUGCCAGGAAAACUAAGACAGAGAACUCCAGGGGGCCCAAGGCCCAACCUGCAUCCUCAGAGAAGUCUGUAAUCGCAUCCUUUUUAACUGCUUCCCAUAAUCCAGACAGUAAGCUCCCACCGCCGCGUGCCCGACAGCUUGGCUCUGCCUCAGUACCAGGCCAGCCCCGCCAUUGCCCUCGGCACUGUCCUAAACUGUCUUGUUAUGCCCAACACAGAAACCCACGGUAG